AUGAAUAUUGAAAAAUCAGAAAAUAAGGCAAAGAAUGGCUUGCAGUCUCCCUUAUUUAUCAGCGAUGAAAAUGGAAAUAAAUUUACAUGUAACACAACUACACCACCCUCAAUUAAUCAUACCACCAAUAUAAAUGGAAAUUCAGCUAGCCAAUGUAAUAAAAUGGUUGAGCAUGAAGAUAACAUGGAUUUUAAGGAUGUAAAUGAUUUCACAACUAUUUCUUUAAACCAGGAAUGUAUUGGAGCACUUGAUCUACAAAAGACUGGGGGUGAAUUUAUCUGUAGAGGGGCUUCAUUGAGCGAUAUUGAUGCCACAUGUGUGUGUCCUGCAACUGAACAGACUUGUAUUUAUGUCUUGAACCAUAACUUAAAAGAACCAACCAGCCUCCUAAAAGAGAACCUUGCUCUAAAAGGAGUGCAGAAUCAAAGUACUGAUCAACCAGUGCCUUAUAGACAGAUUGACUGUAACUGUACAAUGCACCUUACCCCUUUGGAAUGGAGCAACAACUCUGAAAUCGAAAGUGAAGUAGGUUUUGCUCAUGUGGCAUUAGAGGUCACUGGUGUCAAUGAAUCUCUUGAUAUGGCUAAAAACUUGGGGGAAAAUAUGGGAAGUGAAAACGAAGAUGCAUUUCUCCCUCUGACAUUCAUCCCUUCUGAUGAAAUGCAUAUGAGAAAAAGUUUUGAGACAAGUAGCCCUGAAAAACCUCCUAGUUCAUCUGUGCUGGAAGCUUCAGGGGGCCCAAACCCAUCAAAUAAUUGUUCAGAUUUGGUAGUACUACCUCUUGCUUCUCCAGAUGUUGGAGGGGUUAGUGAACAGUCUUUAAAAGGCACCAAUUAUGUCGAUGUAGCACCACAAAAUAGAGAGUCCCAAGAAAUGGAAAUGCAGUCCUUAAAACUAGUUGCUGAAUGGUUAGAUUGUCACUCUAAGAAUUCGGUGUCACCAGAGCAUUUUAAUAUGGAUAAAGAUUUAAAAAAGUAUUUGCAUAGCACACCUGAACAUGGCGAAACUGACACAUCUCCAACCAGAAUGGUAAUUAAUUACUCUGUAAAUGAUUUAUGUGCUCUGCCAAUACAGAGUUUUGAUCUAAGUAUAGACCAAGAACAGGUGGUAAACAAAGUGAGUGAACGUUUAGCCAAAGAACAAAAUGUCUCUGCUAAGAACACUGCUCUCCAAGAUGUACCCAGCUAUUUUGCAGUGUCUGAAUCAAUACAAGGCAGUAUACCAAAACCAGAAGGUGCUGCUACAGCUGAGCUGAAAUGUGAGGCAACUUUUGUGGUCUUCAGUCCAACAGCUGGUGAAACCAGUCCUGAUUCAUGUAUUUCUACACCUAUGACAGGAUCAAAAAAACCAAAAUGUUCUGUUUCAGCUUUGGCAGAAGCUGGAAAUGGGCCUUCUAAAUUGGGAAAGAAUGAUGCAUUAAUGAGAGGAUGCAAUAGAAAGAUUUCACUUAAAACUAGUUCUGAACAAAUUGCAGUGAAACCAAAAAAUCGCUCUCCUAUUGUUUCAACAAUUACCAAAGCUAGAAAAGCUGAGAUUGUUAGCUUUCCAAAACCAAACUUUAAAAAUGUGAAGCCAAAAGUUAUAUCAAGAGCUGUGUUACAGUCAAAAGAUAAUGCUUCAUUAAAAAUAUCUCCCAGAUCCCCUCAACUCUCUACUGCCUCAUCAUCUUCACCAGUUUCUUCCCCAAGGCAAUUGCCCUCUUCCAUCAAAGCAUUGAGGGAAAAACGUGAUUUAGACAGAGAUACUAAAGCAGAAAUACCAAUGACUAAGCCUCAUAAGCAACCUCUUAAUAAACAGCUCUUUCCUAGCCAAGUUGUACAUGCUACAACUCAUUCAAAGAACGCUUCUCACAAAAUUCCAAAAACACUUUCAGUAAAGCAGACUCCAGAAGACAUUGACAAAGCAAGCUCCUCCAAUUCAACAUCCUUCUCUGUUUCUGCUGCAGUUGUAACAUGUGUACAGAACUCAAAAGGGAAAUUGAAUGACAAAAUGGAAAGCAAAAAGUCCUUGGCGCAGCCAUGUGUCACAAGCACCUACUGGAGUGGAGCUGAAAAUGAGCAAAAUUGCAAUUUGGGAACUCUUUUGGAAACGGAAGAGCUAAUAAAAGAUCCAGCAAAUGAGACAUUUGAAGUUGACCCUGCUCCCUUGGUUUCUUCAGCUAAAACUGGGGCAGCACAAGGAAAAAAUAUACACAAGGAAGGCCCUAUCACUCUAAGAAGUAUACCUGCUCCCAAGGUGAAAGUGGUGUCUUCUGUGUUUCGCUCUAGGCGAGGAAGUGAAAAUAAAAAUGUGUGGACAACUAAAAUGUCAUCUCCUCAAAGAGCUGUUCUGCCAUCGAGUUCUGGAGUGGAAACUUCUUUCAGAGGGAAGCCUGCCUCUGUGAAAACAUCUCUAGCAUCUUGGGCCAGUUCUGGCAAAUCACUAAUUAAAUCAAAAGUGCCCAUUCGGAGAACUGCUAGCAUCUCUUCAAUCAGUACCCAGAGUGAGCAAAGUACUUGCAGUAAUAAUUCUACAAGUGCCACAAUCAUCGUCAAGAAUGGAGAAUGGCCUUCAAAAGCUACCUGUCAAAAUGGCAUUUCUGGAUCCAUCUCUUUGAAGCCAGUGCCCAGACCUAGAGUGUACUCCUUAAAAUCCACUCCAAAAGGAACAAAGAACAAGUCUGGUUCACUGAACCAAUGUAUACCAAAAUCAGCUGGACCAUUUCUUCCAGCAAGGAAAACCAGUGAGCCAAGAGGCAACCAGCCAUUGGGUACUCCUGUACUGAAUGGGCCCCGAAGACUAUUGUCGGGUUUCAAUUCCGUUGAGAGAGGCAAGCAGAGGAGUCCUAAAAGUUCAUGCAUACACACACAAACCUCUCCAGCUGUGCAUUCAACUGAAACAAAAACAUGCGAGUUGGCACAAUACAAAGCAAAAUGUGAGAACCAAAGUGAAAUUAUCCUGCAUUUGAAGACAUUCUUGGCAAGCAGUAACCAGAAGUUUGAAGCAUUAACAGUUGUGAUCCAGCACCUACAGUCUGAGAGGGACGAAGCACUAAAACAGCAUAAAGAGCUAUCUCAAGAAUUCCUCAACCUUAGAGGAGAGCUGGUAACCACUUCUGCAGCCUGUGAGAAAUUGGAGAGAGACAGGAAUGAAUUACAAGCUGCUUAUGAAGGGUUCGUGCAGAAGCUAAAUCAGCAACACCAAAAUGAUCUGACAGAGCUGGAGGAAAGACUUAAACAAUUUUACACUGGAGAGUGUGAGAAACUACAGAGUAUCUGUAUUGAAGAAGCUGAAAAAUAUAAAGCACAACUCCAAGAGCAGGUGGACAACUUAAAUAUUACGCAUGAAAACUUCAAGUUAGAACUCGAAACCAGCCAUGCAGAAAAAAUAGAUGAGCUGAAAAAGGAAUAUGAAUCCUCUCUUUCAGAGCUCAAGAAUGCCCAUGAAUUGGAAAGGAAUUCAUUUGAAAAUUCAUUUAAAGAGAAACAGGAAUCAUUAGAGAAAAAAAUUGAUGAAUUAAAAAGGGAAAAUGAUUCUUUAAAUGAAAAGUUGGAAGAGCAAAAACAAAUAGCCAAAGAAAAAGCAAAUCUUAAAAACCCUCAGAUCAUGUAUCUGGAACAGGAACUGGAAAGUUUGAAAGCAGUGGUGGAGAUCAAGAAUGAGAAACUACGUCAGCAAGAUAUAAAGCUGAUGAAGACAGAAAAACUGGUGGAAAAGAACACAGUCUUAAUGGAUAAAAUGAAGAAGUUUCAGCAGGAAAAUGAAGAACUAAAAGCUCGGAUGGACAAACACAUGCAACUUUCAAGGCAACUUUCCACAGAGCAGGCAGUUUUACAGGAGUCUCUAGAGAAAGAAUCGAAAGUAAAUAAACGUUUAUCAAUGGAAAACGAAGAACUUCUAUGGAAGCUACAAAAUGGGGACCUGUGCAGCCCUAAGAAAGUGUCACCUAGUUCUCCACUGAUGCCUUCUCAGUCACCAAGGAAUUCUGGCUCCUUCUCUGCUCCUACAGUAGCACCAAGAUGA